AGAGGAGGAAGAGCAUUUCCCAGCUCCGAUGCUCGCCGCCGCCAUCCAUCCAGCGCGUUCACGCUACCGGCACACUCAACUGCAUGAUGGCCGAGGGAGGCGGACCCGAGUCGGGUGGCGCGGCUGACUCCGACUCGGAGCCGGUAGCUGCUCAAAUGCCAACCCCUUCAACCGAAAGUCAGAAGCAGACUAUCGGCUCACUUUUGAAGACGACUCUAAGAAAGGGCGACGAGUGGUAUCUUAUAGACAGCCGGUGGUUCAAACAAUGGAAGAAGUAUGUGGGAUUCGACAGCUGGGAUAUGUACAAUGUUGGAGACCGUAGCCUCUAUCCAGGACCAAUUGAUAACUCUGGGCUGUUCUCAGACCAGGAGACUCAGGCCCUGAAAGAGCACCUUAUAGAUGAGCUGGACUAUGUCCUUGUACCCACUGAGGCGUGGAAUAAGCUUGUUAGCUGGUACAGCUGCCUCGAUGGACAGCGACCUAUCGUCAGGAAGGUUGUUGAACACGGCAUGUUUGUUAAGCACUGUAAGGUGGAGGUCUAUCUGCUGGAGCUGAACUUGUGCGAGAAUGACAACAUGGACAAUGUGGUCACACGCCAUUUCAGUAAAGCCGAUACUAUAGAUACUAUAGAGAAGGAGAUGAGGACGCUGUUCAAUAUCCCAUCAGAGAAGGAAACACGGCUCUGGAACAAAUACAUGAGCAACACCUACGAGCAGCUGAACAAGCCAGACAGCACUGUACAGGAUGCUGGUCUCUUCCAGGGGCAGGUGCUUGUGAUUGAGCGGAAGAAUGAGGAUGGCACAUGGCCCAGACAAGCCUCCCAUUCCAAAUCCAGUACCACCCCAUCCAGGAAUUUCACUACCUCCCCAAAACUUUCCUCCAACUCAACAGCCAGUAUCUCCUCAACAGUAACAAAUGGAGACAGCAGCUGCAGCCCCGGCUACACACUGAACAACAGCACCUCCUCUGGAAACAGACUGGGGGGCUACAAUUCAUACAGCUCCUCCUACAGCUACAGAGAGUCCCAGUCACAGCCUGGCCUAUGUGGUCUCAGUAAUUUGGGCAACACAUGCUUCAUGAACUCUGCCCUCCAGUGCCUGAGCAAUGCAUCUUCACUCACAGAGUACUUCCUCGAAGACCAGUAUGAGGCAGAGAUUAACCGAGAGAAUCCGCUGGGAAUGAGGGGCGAGAUCGCCGAGGCCUACGCCGACCUCGUGAAGCAGAUGUGGCUGAGUCGCAGCAGCUAUGUGGCCCCACGUACCUUCAAAACCCAGGUCGGACGCUUUGCACCCCAGUUUUCAGGCUACCAGCAGCAGGACUCCCAGGAGCUGUUGGCCUUCCUGCUGGACGGGCUCCAUGAAGAUCUGAACCGUGUCAAGAAGAAGCCUUAUCUGGCCCUGAGGGAUGCAGAGGGCCGUCCAGAUGAGAUAGUUGCCAAGGAAGCCUGGACGAACCACCGCUUGCGCAACGACUCGAUUAUAGUUGAUAUUUUCCACGGCCUCUUCAAAUCCACUUUGGUGUGCCCAGAAUGCUCCAAGGUGUCUGUAACCUUUGACCCCUUCUGCUACCUCACACUGCCUCUACCCAUGAAGAAGGACCGCACUAUGGAGGUUUUCCUGGUGCGAUCGGACCCUCAGUCCAGACCCACGCAGUAUCGAGUGGUUGUCCCCAAACUGGGUACAGUGACAGACCUGUGCAGCGCCUUGUCCAAACUCUGUGGUUUCCCCCCAGAAAAUAUGGUUGUGGCGGAUGUUUACAAUCAUAGGUUCCAUAAAAUUUAUAGACGGGAUGACGGCCUCAACCAAAUCAUGGAAAAAGAUGACAUCUUUGUGUAUGAGGUACAGGAAGAGGACAGCGAGAGGAUGAACCUGCCUGUAUAUUUCAGGGAGCGCCACUCCAAGCAUGCGGGAAGCUCCACAAGCACCAUGCUGUUUGGUCAGCCUUUACUCAUCACCGUGCCCAGACACAACCUCAUAGCAGAUGUUCUUUAUGACAAGAUCCUAGAGAGGAUUGGUCGCUAUGUUAAACACUCCCAGAGCCCUAACAGUGAAAGCAGGGCCUCAGCCUCGGCGACCUUUGCCAGCUGCAGCCAGGCUCCCGAAUGUUCCACAUCGUCUGGUCUCAAUGCCAGCCUGGGUGGCUGUCGCAGCCCCCUGUCAGACGGGGCGUCCUGCAGUGCCAGCUCCAGUAACGGCAGCAACCACUCAGGGAACUGUAAUGAAACGAAUGGGCUGUAUGAUGGUGAGGAGGAGGCCAUGGACCACCAAGUGAGUCCAGAGCCAGAGAAUGGCCACUCCGAAGAGGAGGAAGAGGAGUCCUCUGACUUGGAAAACGGGUCUAAAGGAGGCACAGCCAAGCCGUGCUCUUCACCAGCCAAGCUCUUCACUUUUAGCAUAGUCAACUCUUACGGAACAGCCAACAUCAGCCCGCUGCCUUGUGAUGGAAAUGUCCUCAAACUUAAUCCACAUUCCACAGUGGCGAUCGACUGGGACACCGAGUCAAAGAAACUGUGUUAUGAUGAACAGGAAGCUGAGGCGUACGAGAAGCAUGAGAGCAUGCUCCAGCCCCAAAAAAAGAAGGCCACCGUCGCUCUGAGGGAAUGCAUCGAGCUCUUUACGACCAUGGAGACACUUGGAGAACAUGACCCAUGGUAUUGUCCAACAUGUAAGAAACACCAACAGGCCACAAAAAAGUUUGACCUGUGGUCGCUGCCUCGCCUUCUGGUAGUUCACCUAAAGCGUUUCUCCUACAACCGGUGUUGGAGGGACAAGCUGGACACAGUGGUGGACUUUCCCAUCAGGGAUCUGAACAUGUCCGAGUUUGUGUGUGACCCCAAGGCCGGCCCCUACAUAUAUGACCUCAUUGCCGUGUCAAACCACUAUGGAGGAAUGGGAGGGGGUCACUACACAGCUUAUGGCAAGAACAAAGUGGACGGAAAGUGGUAUUACUUUGAUGACAGCAGUGUCUCCUCUGCGACAGAGGACCAGAUUGUGACUAAAGCAGCCUAUGUGCUGUUCUAUCAGCGCAGAGACGAGGAAGCCCCGUCAAAACCUCAGCCUUCGGCCUCGCUGGGAGGAGCCCCAGAAGCAGUCGAUGACCACAUGGACACAAACUGAGGAGCACCCCCCGACGUGAAAAAAACAAAACAACAACAACAACAAAAAACACGCACUGAAACACAUACGGCAAAUAGAGACACUUGGAUGCACACACAAAGCUACUUUAGUGACAGAGGACUACACAGACUUAACAUUAUUAACCCUUCCUUCCCUGUAUUUUAGUUGAUUUCUGUCUUGUAUGUUGUCAGCUAGAGCCAACAGCCUUGUCAGAAGAGUGACCUACGAGACAUUCUCCCUGCAGCGGGGCGGCCUACUGAUUCCUGAACAUAGUUUACUAGUCUGGAACAAAGAGGAGUAUAAAUGGAUAUAUAGGGUCCUCUCACUGGAUGAACAGAAUGUUUAGAAGUGCCCUCAAAUGCAUAGGUAACGAAAUGUUUCUGUUCUGUCAGACAUAAAAACAAAAAAACUUAAAAAAAAAAAAAAGCCAAAUGCAAAUGUUAUUUCAACCAAAGCGUUCCAAGGUAUUUAUGAGAACUGAUAAGACGUUAGCAGGAUAAUGGCAUUGUGCCUAGAUUUAUCUCUAAUAUUGCUGUGCUGAGGUAAAUGCAAAAAAAAAA